GCCUGCUUCUACGAUGGCGCCGUUGACUUUUGAUGUAGACUGUACAGCAGAUCAGACGAUUGAAUGCAUAUACUCGUUAUAUUUCGGACACUGGGCCAGAUAGAAAGUCCUGUGGCACCUUGAAGUCAAUAUCUUGUUGUAAACACCCCGAAUAAUUUGGAUGCUAUCGUGGUCAACUUAGGCGCAGGCCGAAGAGCAUCGACAACCUUCCCCAACUUUUCUUCCGACCCCUGCGACCAUCUCUGCUUCCUUCAUAUCCACCUUCCACACUCCACGCUCCACGCCGUACACACUCGACAAGCUACUUAUCCCUACCCCCCUCCCUUCUCAAUCUAUCCCGCACGCGUGCAGUUCGUCCUGUCGCUUCGAUUCUUUACCAUCGUCUCCAAGCUCUAGCGUACCGGCGCGUCGUCUCCGCCCAGCAGCUCCAGUCACGCUUCGGCCCGGCUAGGCAAGACCUCUCGAGCUUCAUCUAGACCCGCCCGCAGAAACGUCGCAUCCUGCCGAUCACCGACCAGCGCAUACCCUCUCCCUCCCUCCCUCCGAGCCGCGAUGGCUCAAUCGACCGACCAAGUGGUCGACCAAGUCGCCCAGCUUAACGCCGCUCGAAGCCUCGUCCUUGGCGAUGCCGCGCUCUAUCCGCAAAUCGUAAACGGCAUCCUGCCCAUCGUCGGAGCCAACGCCAGACUGGAAUUGAGGAGGUGGGGUGCAGACUUUUUAGCAGAGACUUUCGCUAGUCCGAUCCUAGCUACGGUGCAGAAGCAGCAGCUUGCGCCGACGGUCUUGCAAUCGAUUCAAGAGACCUUAGCUCUGCCCGAGACAGAUACGGCAGUCCUGUCGAGCUUGGUGCAGACAUCUGCUAGCCUGUACCCGCUCAUAUUCCGCCAUAUUGUGAAUCACCCGGAAGAUACCACGACAUGGGAAACCAUGAAUGCGGUCAAACAAGAGAUCCUUCGGAAAAUGGACUCUUUCCCAUGCCCGGUCAAGAUUUGCUGUGUCAAGUUUCUACAGCGCGUGGUUCAGGUCCAGACGCCCGGUUUAAUUGCGGACCCCAGGCGACCUGAUCAGAAUGAGACGUCCCUGGCCGUUGUCCCCCGGACCCACGCCCUGCUUGCUAUCCCACACCUGGAAGCCGAGGCAUCGGGUCUACUUGACCGACUACUCGGGGUUUUCCAGGAAGAGACAAGUGACCCACUUAUCGUUAAUGCGACGCUGAAUUGUCUUGCGCCUUUGAUCCGUACUCGCCAGUCGAUUGCGAACAAAAUUAUCAUGACUAUUAUGGACUUCUAUCCCUCCAAACAUGUCCGUCCACCAUUCACACCUACCGUCCGUGUCGGUGUCAAGUCUAUGGAACGUACGGCCCGAGCAUUGCUUUUCAAUGUGAUGAAGAAGAACCCUAGCCACCCGCUCAUGGGAAAGAUGCAAGCGUACAUCGAGCGUUUGAUGCAGUCCCGACUAGAAGUCACCGAAGAUGCAUCUCGGAAACGUGGCCUACCCGUUGAGCCGACCGAUGGCCUGGAUAAUGCUAAGCGGGCCCGUCUUGACGCCAUGACACCUCCACUGCUCAAUAUUCCCCCUCUGCCUCCAGGCCCGACCAGCUUUGAUCAAUUGUUCACCAUCACUCAGGAUAUCGGUCUGUCCUCCUUUGAUGUGAAACAGCUGCCUCCCGAUCUAGUGGUGAAGAUUGCCGUCCCACUACUAUGCCAAGUGAACCCGUCGUUGCUUACUCAGGCUGUCGAUGCUAUACGAAACAGAUAUCAGACCAUAACGAAAGAACAAAAUUUGAAGCGGCAACAGCUGCAUCAGGCUGCUAUUGCUGCGGCUGCGGAUGACGACGACGAUUAUGAGCCCGACUAUGAACCGCUGGAUGUUGGAGCGAAUGUUUCGGAGGAUGCCACUGCUCUCACAGCAGAGGAUGUAGAGCUGGAGCCCGAUUUGGUAUCAUUGGGGCCCUUCGUUCUGCCUCAACCGCCACCAUUGACCGAGGAAGAGGCUGGUGAUGUUGGGCGUAGCGCUGUUUCGCGAGUUUUCAGCAUGAUCGACGCUGUCGAAACCACCUCGUCGCCUGCGCAAAGCAAGAGCCAGCAACAGCCGGGCUUCGCACGGCUAGCCGGAAGCACCUUUGACCGAGAUGCUUGGGUUAUUCUUCUUACUCGUUUGGCCACUCGCGCCCCAGCUGGUCUGGAGGGCAGUGACCACGCCAAAGGAGACUUGGUCGGUGGCAGAAGACAAGCGACUAUUUCAGAUUCGAUCCGCGAAACACUGUAUCGGUAUAUUUUGGAGGAUUUCCGCGCUCGACUCAAGAUUGGAAUUACCUGGCUCAAUGAGGAGUGGUACAAUGACCGGGUUCGCAUGAAGGCGGCUAAUUCGGAGCGUGGUGAUGAAGACGAGGAGGAGCCCACCGUGGCACUCUAUUAUGAUACCUGGGUUCUUCGCCUUCUGGAUGGUUUCCUGCCAUACCUUGACUCCCGUGAUAUCAAGGUAUUAGUACGAUUCCUCAGUGAGAUCCCAGAGGUCACUAUCGCCAUUACACAGCGGGUGGCCAGCCUGGCUAAAGAUCCGGAACGUGUGAAUCUUACCGUGCAGGCUUUGAUGUACUUGGUCAUGUUCCGGCCCCCAGCCCGAGAAAUGUGCCUUAACACGCUCGAGGACGUCUACCAAACUUAUGAGGAAUCGCGCCCCGCAGCUGGCAAGAUCCUGGCCAGGUGGCGUCCCCAGGCACUUCCUGCGCCUGCUAAGACGACCCCAGCGCCGGCCCCCUCUUCCGCUGUGGAGUCUGCACCAGCCGCUCCCCCGGCCGAGGUGCAAGGCCCGGCUGCAUCAACAUGAACCCCUAAAGACUUUUUUCAUUAUUAUGGAGUAGAGCGCAGAAUGGUGGACGAAUACAUAUGGCUUUUUUCUGAAGAUUCAAUUUCUUUCCUUGUCCAAAUCGAUACCUUUCUUUUUCUUGUUACUACACUCCCAUAUCCAAGUUUCGUUUUCAUAUCUUGAAUUGAUGGGUCUACCACUUGAAAGGAAUUGAACUCCCGGUCCAACUUUGCUUGACAGCUACGCUCAUAGCAUUUCGUUCGCGAGGCCAAGAAGUAUGUAUCAUGGGUCCAGCGGAAUUCUUAGCCACCAAGUGGGCUCGGACUCUGGCUUGGGUUGGGAAUAUUCUUUGUUCGAGGAACUUGGAGGCUCCUAGCGACACUCGGAUUUCGGUCUCUAGAUUCUUUCCACCAAAGUGAAUCUGCUUUGAUCAACCCUUCGAUCUAAAUAUACUGGUUAUUUUGUAUUGAAACAUUUACUUAUCCUCAAGUCGCGCAGAACGGGUGGAUAGAUAAUGCGUUCUCCUUUGAAUCCAAUCCCUUUUUUCACGGGGU